AUGACAUCGCCAGGAGAUGCUGCCCCGGUCAAACCUCCGCCGUCCCUCUCUCGCGGCGUUGCGCGAUCCACCUCCAAAGGAAGAUUCCCCGAGGGGCCUGAAUCCACACACUCUAUAGACGCAGAGCUGCCAGAGACUCCAACCGCAACUUCGCCCACGACUUCCCUUCCUACAGCCACUGAGCUACCUGUCCGCUCCGCGUCGCCGCAUGCUCGCUCGGUCAGAUCGUCCACCCCGCAAUUAGCCCGUUCGUCUCUCGGUUCUCCUUUCGAUAGAAACAUUGAUGGCUCGGAUGAUACCAGGUCGUUGAUAAUACGCGCCUUCUCGCCGGCUGUCGCCAUCUUUGCUUCCGAAGAUACAGAUGAACUGGUCAGAAAUAAGGGGUUCCAAGGUGGCUUUUCGGAGUUAAUUCGGCCAUUUGGAGAGACCGUCUCAGGGAAGGUGGUGAUCCGGGAUAGCGUCGGGUCAAGUCGCGCAUGGGAGGAUUAUGGAGUGCGCUUCAUGAAUCUGAGGGGCUUUGGCAGAAUCCCUACAGGAAGGGAGUCGGCCCGGGACUCACCACUCGCCCAAAUGGAGGAGGUAUUGGCAAAGCAACUAAUUACCGGAGAUAACAUACUCGGUGCUUCUCUGCCUUCAAAAGAUGUGCUGGGCUUCCCGGGCACAUCGCCUUUGAGUAAGCUGUUAUUACGGCAGCUUCUGUCAUCGACCCGCCCGGCACCCCACGAGACGUUUUCUCAUCCGGUUGCUAGCGUUAUUGCUAUAAGCUCGCGCAACACAGCGCCGUUGGAGACACUACGGCAACUUUAUUCUGAAAGCAGCAGCGGGCACAGCAGGCUGCCUGAUUGGGUGAACCAAGAGUACCUUCGCUAUUACGUUUUAGUCCAUGAUGAAGAGCGUGAUGAUAUUACGGAGUCUACGAAGUUAUACGACCAGAUGAAAAGACACUUUGGGCUGCACUGUCAUCUUUUACGGCUCCGCAGCAGUCAAUGUGUGGUAACGGACGAUGAUAGCGUGCAAGUUCCUACAUGUGAAUGGCUAUCGCCGAUGGAGCACCUCUCAGGCGUUGGGGAAGCAGAAACGCUGGUGGAUCUCGGUACAGAUGGGACUCCCUACCUCUUUGACUCUGAUGUAACCGCCAUCAAAACCUUCGUCCGAGAGCUUAUAGUUCAGUCUGUGAUUCCUUUCAUGGAAAAUCGAGUGGCUGUCUGGAACGACCAAGUUGCGUCCCGACGCCGUGGCUUCAGUGGUCGAUUGGUGUCGAUGAUGGGUAGAAGAUUUGCUGGCCUUGGCUCUGGCUCUCGCUCAAGUGGAAGCGGACCAGGGGGUAGCGGCAACUUCGACCCAGCUCUUAACAGCUACAGCCCAGAAACGCCGGAAGCAAUUCUACGAAAGAUGGCGGAUUUCGCAUUCAUGCUCCGGGACUUCAAGCUGGCGUCUUCCACCUACGAGAUGAUCCGAUCUGACUUCGGGAACGACAAGGCUUGGAAAUACCACGCCGGGGCUCAUGAGAUGUGUGCAGUGAGUACGCUCCUAAAUCCGCUGUCAAUGUCGGCAAAGAUCAAGCUGGAGAAUAUCGACCAGAUGUUCGAAACAGCUUGCUAUUCGUACCUUACCCGGUGCUCAGACGCCACACAUGCGCUCAGAUCCCUCUCACUUGCUGUUGAGCUCCUCAAGUCGAGGGGCGGGUCCGCUACUGAAAGUGCAGCCAAAUGGGCCAUGCGGGUCAUGGACUUUGGGCUGGUUGGUCCUGUUGGGAACGUCCUAUUUACCGAGCGAGUUGCAGCCUGCUAUGCCUCAAAGACGCCUGCUGGCGGAGCUAAAUGGGGCGCCCGCCGUCGUAAAGCCGGGAUGUGGAAUAUUCUCGCCGCAGACCAAUGGCUCAAAGUUGGCCAACCUACCAUGGCAUCUGGUUCUCUUGAGGAGGCCGAGCGGCUGUAUGCUGAAGUCCUUGAGACUGAAGGUGUCUUCCCUAUGCCAGAGAUGCAAAGGUUCGUGGAUGGUUUGCGUCAUGCCAUCAAGGUGGGAUAUCUCGAAUCCAGGGGCUUUGGCGCGCAUGAUGAAACUGCCGCCGAUCACUCGCUUGGUACAGAAGAGACCAGCGAGAAAUUAGACAAGCGGAAUCAUCGUCGCUCGCUUAUCGGGCUCCCUGGACAGCUGGAUGCGGGCAAUCUCAACAUUCCCACCAGUGGAAGGGAUACUGAAAACCAACCAAACGAUGACUUUGAACGAGCUUAG